AUGAAGCAGCUUUUGUUGGGCAACGAAAAUACAAACAUCGAGCAUUUUAUGCCGUCUCAGCCAGAAAUCGACCACCAAGUCGAGAUCUUUUUACGGUCUCAGAAAACUCUGAAUACCCAACAGAUUCGGGCGGUCCGCUCUGCCUUCAACUUCGGUACCACUUUUCGAAGUUUCAUGGGGCUGAUUGAGGCACCACCUGGCACAGGCAAGACGCAGAUUUCAGCAGUCAUUGCUAAGUUUUGUUUCAAACACAACAAGCCUCUUUUGAUUGUGUGCGGAUACAACUACGGUUUGGAUGUGAUUGCAAACCGCAUUCGGGAGGUGCUGAACAUUAAUGACCCUACCGGUAUCGGUUUCUACCGACUGGACACUGACUUCGGAGAGACUCCUGAGGUGGAAGGUGACGAGGGAACUGACGCAACUCGUCCAAAUCCCAGGUCGUGUCCUGGAUUUCAGGAGGCCGAAAAGGAGCUCCGAAAGCGUGGGAUUUCCGACCACCUUUACACGGCCUUGACAUCAGCAAUCAAUGCAAUGACCGCUCCCGGUAGAGGCUCAUCUCUCGGGCGCCAAAUCUUGUCGCGCAUCAACGAAGCUGUCAGUUCCGGGCGCCUCAGGCAGGCCAAACUAGACAAAGAAUCACAGUUGAUGCUGGAAUUCCUCACAUUCCAGGAACUACUGCGUCGAGAGGGAAUGACUUCUUUCGAGCCAGCGGACUACGGGAAUGCUCUGGCUGAAAAGGUACAUGGCCGUGAGCGAGAAGGCGAUGAAGACGAUCGACAAUGUCUCCAUCAGAUGAUUGUGCAAAAUUACCAAAAAUGGUGGCUCGCUCUGCAGGAGUUCUACUUGAGCCGAGCCAAGGUGGUUCUUUGCACGGCCUCCACCACCGGACGGAAGUCUCUACGGACAUUCAAACCCGAGAUUGUCCUCAUUGAAGAGGCCUCGCAGAUCAUAGAGACAACAUGCCUCAUUGCAAUCAUGAGGAAUUACUCAAAGCUGCAAAAGGUCCUUCUGAGUGGCGACAGGCAGCAACUCCCGCCGACUGUGAUUUCGGCGGGCAAAAAUGAAUGCUUUCCCUCGCACAGGAUGUCCCUGUUCGAGCGCAUGCUUCAAACCGGGGUUCCAACCGUCCAACUGAGUACCCAAUAUCGGAUGGCGCAGAACAUCUGCGACUUCGUCAGUACUGAGUAUUAUCAUGGGAGGCUGGAAACCCACCCUUCCUGUGUUGACAGGCUAAAGGCACUACAGUUUGCAAAAUUCAUGACUGAAACCUUCGUUCAAAUUGAACGUGGUACCUCCUACUUUGUGUCAGUCAACAACUCAACUCUCUGGAAACAGAAGAAUGGCACUUCUGUGUUUAACCCUGAUUACAUUCAAUUCAUCGGUCAGCUUGUCGAAAAGCUUAUGUUGAAGAAUUUCUUGCAACAAGACAUCCUCAUCCUUUCCUUUUACAGCGAGGAAAGGAACCUCCUAGACAAGCUGAUCCGCCUGAACUUAGGGUACAGAAAAAUUCGCAUCUCUAGUGUAGAUGCUGCCCAAGGAUCGGAAAGCCCGUUUCAUCGUGUCAACCACUCGGCCAGGGAAGCCGUGGGGAAUGGGGUUCAUUAA